AUGGCGACGGCGGCAGCGGGCACCGGCUGGGAUUGCCCCAAGUGCACCUUCCACAACGAAGACCUUGGUGCCGCGGUUUGCCAGGUGUGCAAUCAAGGCAGACGGCCCGGCGGGAGGAGCAACGGCAGCAGGCUUCGCCCUCCGAAGGCGGCAAGCCCUCCGCUAAUUAGCAACUUCGCGGACUAUGACGACGGCGACAACAAAGACAGCAGAGCAGCGGCGGCGGGGGCUCGCACGGGUAGGAGCAAGGCGAAUAGCCGCCAGGGGAAGAAGCAGCGACCGGAAACCGUUCAAGAGGAAGAAGAGGCGGAGACCGCGGAAUCGUCCAAGAGACCACGCGCGAACACCCGGUCCUCGUCCCGAGCGAGGCAACAGCAACAACGAACGGAGAGCGCCCUUGUCGUGGAAGACAGCGAAGAAGAACAAGACUUGGACCAAGAGGUAGUGUCGGUAGACGAGCGGCGGACGGGGAUUGGACGUCCGACCGGGCUGCUACAGACGACGACAACGACGUGGACGAUUCCGGGCGGUGGACGUACGUUGGCGGACUCGCUAAUGGUCGGAGUUCAGGAGCAGAAGCCGAAGAAGAGACGCUCGAGGCUUAGCUUACCGCCCAGGAAGCGUGCGCACAUCGAGCACGACAGGGAACCAGCACCACCAACCCCAGGGGCUGUAGCGUCAUCUUCUCCGCGGUUGAAUGACUCCUCCGGGCGGCAUUGCACACCUGGGCGUUCCACAGAAGUGAAGGGGUCGGAGGGACAGGGUGGGGAACCGGACCACAACGAGGUCCGCACCCGUCCGACGGCGACGGCGGCGACGGCGGCGGUGACAGCGGCAAAGGGUUGGUUGAGCGGAAGCGGCUCGUCGGAAGAACGCCCGGUUGAUGUUAAUAGUGCUUCUAGUGCGAAUAAUGAGUUUAGUUCUAGGGCUGCUGAUGCACCUCCUUCCGCCUCUGCUGGUGCCGCUUCGGUUGACGUAGGCUGCGCUGAGCCGCCCCCCGGUGGUUCCGGGCUGGGUAGCGAUACGGAAAGCACCGACGAUGGCGUCGUUGGCCAAGGUGGGGAUACUGACAUCGACGACGAUCACAGCAGCAGUAAGAAUGGUCUUGGUGGCAGCGUCCCAGCAGCGGGAGAAGGCCCGGGAGACGAUGGCGGCGCGCCUGCGGCGGCGGCGGCAGUGGCAAGCGGCGGCGGUUCGGAAGAGGAGGUGAAGGACGAUGAUGACAUGGAGGAAGACGGUGCCAGCCUCGGAGAGGGGGAGGGAGAGCGGGAGAGCAUGGGAGGCGAAAGCCCAAUACAAGCUGCACCAACCACCGCAGAUGCCACCGGUGUCAACGGGAACAGUACGGCGGCGGCGGCCACACCCCCUCCCGCGCGGACACCGCAGCGGCAGCGGUGCGGUGGCGAGAGUGCAGCAGCAGCGGCGGCGGCGGCCGCGGCGGAAGACAGCCCGGGUGCCGAGGCGAUGGGCCUGGUGGACACGCCUCCGCCGCCGCCGAAGACAAGGAAGCGGCCUCCAGAAGGCGGCGACGAGUUAAUGUCGCCGGCCCCCGCCACCGCCACCGCUGACAGGCAGACCGGCGGGCGGCAGCAGCAGCAGAAGAAGUCGCCCCGGCAGAGCCGAGUGCUGGGCAGGCUCGCGUGGGACGGCGGCGCCGGGUCUCAGACCUCUCAGGCCUCGACGGGGCCGCCGCUGUCCUCCCCCCGCGGAAGCGGGAGCAGGGGGGAGUGGGAGUGCGGCACGUGCACGCUCAAGAACCGAGGCAGGGCGAAGGUGUGCGAAGCCUGCGAGACGCCGAGGUCUCCGCCGCGGGCGAUGACGACUCGCCGGGCCGCGGGCCGCGGGGGCGGCUCGGCAGGUUGUGCGUGGAGCGGCGGCGGCGCUGACGGUGAUGAGGAUGAAGGUGGCUCGGCUGCCGGCGGUAGCGGUAGUGGUAGCGGCAGCGGUAGUGGUAGUGGUAGAGGCAGCGGUCGCGGUGCUGACGAUCCGGGAGGCGAUGGGGACGCUUCCCGCCCCGAGCGGGGUGCGAGAGAGCGCGGCGGCGGCGGCGGCGGCGGCGACGGCUUUGUUGGCGGCGCGGGCAAGCGGCGGCGCGGCGGUUCGGAGGAGGCGUCGUCGUCGGCCGGGAGAGAAGAGACCGGCGAAAUCGAGGACGUGAGGCGUAACGGUCGUGCUCGGAACGGGUCGGUCGGCAGUGGCAAGGGUAAAGACGGCGGGGGAGGGGAGCACGACGGUGGUCGCGCCGGCACCGCUAGGGGCGAGGUUGGAGAGGCGGCGGCGGCGGCGGCGGCGGGUGCCGGCGGCGGCAUGGGAGGCUUCGUCGGAGACCUGGACGUUCUGUUUUCCGACGUCGAGGACGACGACGACGUAGGGGGUUUCUCGGCGGGGAUGGGAGAUGACAAUGACGACGGCGAUGAUUCCGACGAGGACUACCUGGACGAAGACGGCGACGAUUUCGAGCAGUCCGAGAUGGUGAGCUCCCAGAUCGAGGAAAGGUUCUUGCGGUCUCAGCCGGAAGGAGGGGAAGAUACGUCACCGAAUCCGCGGGGCCGCCCCCAGAGCGUGGAGAGCCUGUCACCGUCCCCGAAAAGUAGUCGGCGGCGGGUUCCCGCCCCCCCGCCGGGCCAUGUUCUAGACCUCACCGAGACCGUCGACAACGACGAUAGCGGCCCUGACAGGGAUACGGCACGCCGCGGUGGCAAGGGUCGGGCCGGGGCUGGGGCCAUGGUGGAGGACAUCUCAGACGAAGACGAUGACGAUGACGACGACUUCAGUCUCCCGGGGCUAAAAGGAAGCACAGCCGGGGCGGCCGGGGGGGAGCGCGCCCCGCCCCGCAAGUUCCGCUUCUUCUCGAACGUGAGGGAGCACCGCGACCGCGGCACCAGCUGCAUCGACUUCGCCGCGAUGGCGGCCGCCCCGGCCGGCGGCGCCUCCGGCACCAAGAGCUACGCGGACCGGAAGACCGCCCGCGACAGAAAGACCAACAGGUCUAAGCGAGGCUCCAAGAAAUCGAAGGCUCCCAGGGCGAGGGCGACGGCAGCGGGCGCCGCGGCCGGGCGUGGCAGCAGGGGCAGAAGCGGCGGCAAGGGGGCAGCGGUCAGGGGCGGCGCGAGAGGUAGCAAAGGGUCGUCGAGUGUGCGGCCGUUCGGCGGUACGGGCGGCGUCCCUUCCUCGAGCUGGAUACCUACUGGAGUCGCGGCGGGACUAUCAUCCAGAUCCGCGGGACUGUCAUCAUCCGGGUCGGCGGCUGGAAGGAGGGCCGGCGGCGCCGGCGCCGGCGCCGGCGCCGGGGGCGGUGCGGCGGGACGAGGGCGGAGGCAGCAGCAGCCAUUCAACCACUACCGGGGCAACGACGAGAUGGUGGAUGAUUCCAUCGGGGGCGGAGGGUUCCACUGGGAGGGUGUGGGCCAGACUUCCUUCGGGGAGUGA